CAAAACCGUAAAUAAUCAUACACAGCCAUCUCCGAGGAACCCUAACCCAUGUCUGACUAUAAAUAUCUGCAUUGCCACUCAUUCCUCUCUCUAUUCUGCGUCUUGUCCGGCUCCUUACUUAUCAUCUCUUAAGUUCAUAUCAAUUUUAGACCUCUAUAAUGGGUAAGGAGAAGGUUCACAUCAACAUUGUGGUCAUUGGCCAUGUCGACUCUGGCAAGUCCACCACCACUGGCCAUCUUAUCUACAAGCUUGGAGGUAUUGACAAGCGUGUGAUAGAGAGAUUCGAGAAGGAAGCUGCUGAGAUGAACAAGAGGUCAUUUAAGUAUGCCUGGGUGCUUGACAAGCUCAAGGCUGAGCGUGAACGUGGUAUCACCAUUGAUAUUGCCUUGUGGAAGUUUGAGACCACAAAGUACUAUUGCACUGUCAUUGAUGCUCCUGGCCAUCGUGACUUUAUUAAGAACAUGAUUACUGGUACCUCACAGGCUGACUGUGCUGUCCUCAUCAUUGAUUCUACCACUGGUGGUUUUGAAGCUGGUAUUUCCAAGGAUGGUCAAACCCGUGAGCAUGCUCUUCUCGCUUUCACCCUUGGGGUCAAACAAAUGAUUUGCUGCUGCAACAAGAUGGAUGCUACUACCCCUAAGUACUCCAAGGCUAGGUAUGAUGAAAUUGUGAAGGAAGUUUCUUCCUACCUCAAGAAGGUUGGAUACAACCCUGAGAAGAUUCCUUUUGUGCCCAUCUCUGGUUUUGAAGGUGACAACAUGAUUGAGAGGUCCACCAACCUUGACUGGUACAAGGGUCCAACCCUUCUUGAAGCUCUGGACCAGAUCCAGGAGCCCAAGAGGCCCUCAGACAAGCCUCUUCGUCUCCCACUUCAGGACGUAUACAAGAUUGGUGGCAUUGGAACUGUCCCGGUGGGUCGUGUGGAGACUGGUAUCCUGAAGCCUGGUAUGGUUGUGACCUUUGGACCCAGUGGACUGACAACUGAAGUUAAGUCUGUUGAGAUGCAUCACGAGGCUCUCCAGGAGGCCCUCCCUGGUGACAAUGUUGGGUUCAAUGUGAAGAAUGUUGCUGUGAAAGAUCUCAAGAGAGGUUUUGUGGCAUCCAACUCUAAAGAUGAUCCUGCCAAGGAGGCUGCCAACUUCACAUCACAAGUCAUUAUCAUGAACCACCCUGGUCAGAUUGGUAAUGGCUACGCCCCAGUACUGGAUUGCCACACCUCUCACAUUGCUGUCAAGUUUGCUGAGAUCUUGACCAAGAUUGAUCGCCGAUCUGGCAAGGAGCUUGAGAAGGAGCCUAAGUUUUUGAAAAAUGGUGAUGCUGGUUUUGUCAAGAUGAUUCCAACAAAGCCCAUGGUCGUGGAGACCUUCUCUGGGUACCCUCCCUUGGGUCGUUUUGCUGUCAGAGACAUGCGCCAGACUGUUGCCGUUGGUGUGAUCAAGAGUGUUGAGAAGAAAGACCCAACUGGAGCUAAGGUUACCAAGUCUGCUGUCAAGAAGGGAGGGAAGUGAACUGCGCAGUUCAAAAGUUUUAAUUAUGUGGUGAAAAUUUUAUGUUACUAUUCUAGGUUUUUGAGGUGUUAUAAUUGUAUUGUGUUUUUGAUCUUUCGGUGUCCAUUUUCUAGUUGCAGCACCCAGAAUUGGGUGCAAGACAAGCGGUGGCAUCACAUUUAAUAUUUUCUGAGAUUUUGGUUUGUAGCACAUUUUGAGGUGUUACUAAGGAUAUGUUCGAGACUC